UCAAUUGGGUCGCUAUAUAAACGUAUGAGCUGGUUAUCUAGUCGACGUAUUCGCGCAAACAACGUCGUGCAAACGACAUUGAAAGACGCUGAGCUAUUGUAAUUUUCUCACGUCGAAGUCGUUCUUCCAACAUGUCAGCUGUUCUCUGUCUUACUCUUUUCAUGAUGUUGCUGGACGGGUCAAAAUUAUACUCGGAGGCGACACACGGACAUGAUCAUGGACAUGGACAUGGACAUGAACAUGGACAGUGUCGCGAUAAAGAUCAAGGUGUACAGGAACAAAAAGUCAACGUCGAUGGAGUGGAUAUCAAUUAUGUGCGCACUGGGACUGGCGAUCAUCCAGUUUUGCUUCUACCCGGUGCCAUGGGUUGGAGUUGGUACAACUUCGGGCCACAAAUAGAGGGUCUCGACAAAAAUAAGUUCACCAUAAUCGCUUGGGAUCCACCAGGCUACGGGAAGUCCAGACCCCCUAGCAGGACGUAUCCAGUAAACCUGUAUGCCCGCGACGCCUCUUGGGCCCGUAAUUUAAUGAAAACCUUGGGCUUCGAGAGGUUCUCGUUGGUAGGAUGGAGCGAAGGUGGUGUUACUGCCCUAACACUCGCUGGUGACUACCCCCAAAACGUCAGGAAGCUAAUAGCCACCUCGGCGCAAGCCUACAUGACUUCUCAGGAGAAAGACAUACUCAAACUGUUCAGAAAUAUCGACACUUUACCAGCAGCCUUACGAGAUCCACUGGUAGCGUAUUACGGGGAAGAUUACUUUAGAACCAUGUGGGCUAAUUACGUCGACGGACUUGAGAAUAUUUAUGUACAGCGAAAUGGUAGCUUGUGCAAGGAGACACUACCGAAAAUCACAGCACCCACUUUGAUCGUUCAUGGUAGGAACGACACUGGUGUCCCAUUGUAUCACCCAAUUUAUUUGAAAGACAACAUUCGAGGAGCGAGGUUGAAGAUAAUGGAGAACGCAACUCACCCGGUUCAACUGGAAUAUCCACAAGAAUUCAAUGCUAUAGUUACCAACUUUUUAACGGAAGGAAUCGUGACAUAAUACCAUGAAUCUUUAUCUAUUUAUACGAGAAUCUAUCUACGCGAGGAGUUUGCAACUGGGGUCAAGGCGGGUCCCACUCGUCCAGGGGCAAACUUUUCCACGCGACUAUCACGGACGUUGUAUUCUUCUGUAUGUUGUAUUGGCGACAUUCUUUAGAUAGUUUAUUCCAAUCAUUCCUGUUACUAAAUUUUGUAUGUUUGUCUUGGAGAUGAAUAAAGACUUUAUGCGAAUUAAG